GCCCUCACCACCACCACCGUCUCCGCCAAAAACAUCGACAUCAGCGUGGGCAAAGAAGGGCUCUCGUUCUGGCCCAACAGCACCACCGCCGCCAAGGGUGACACGCUAACCUUCCACUUCUGGCCCAAAGCGCACAACGUGGUGCAGGGAUCCUUCGACAGCGCGUGCAGCCCGAUGCAAGGCGGCGGCAUCUACUCGGACUUUGUGCCUGUGACGGGGGACAAGGCGGCGGACAAGACGUUCGUUGUGACCGUCAACGACACGCAGCCCAUCUGGUACUAUUGCUCGCAGGGGAGCCAUUGCCAGGGCGGCAUGGUGGGCGUCGUCAAUCCGCCCGACGCCUCUUCCGGCAAGACCCUGGCCGCGUACGCCAAGUCCGCGGCCCAGGCCAAGGAAAACAAAACCCCCGACUGGCCGGUCUCGGGCGGCAAGUUCGAGCAAGCUUCCUCCUCGGAUUCUUCUUCUUCUUCUUCUUCUUCCUCCUCCGACGCCUGGGCUUCCGGCUCCGAGGCCGCGGCCCAGGCCUCCGGC